CUCAGCACCGCUGGCUGGAACCAGUUCCCUUAUCAGAGCCAAGUGGCUCAGCUUGCUGGGGUCCAGGCCGGCUGGAAGCAGCAAGGAGCCAUCCUCCGAAGGGGCUUAUAAAGAAAGGCUCCCUAGGUCUGCAAAGAAGUGUUUCGCAUCCCCAGCCAAAGCUACCAGACCUCAGAGGCCCAAAGAGAAGCAGGGAUGAUGGAUGCUGUGACCUGGUGUCGCUGGUCCUCUGUGCUCUUGGUGUUCGCCCAAGCAGGCCUGGGUUCGAGUCAUCCUGUGGCCUGGAGUCCUUCCAGCGAAGAACUGCGGUCCUUUCAGGUGAGGAAGGAGGAGGCAGGUCAGGGGUGGUGUGUGUGUGUGUGUUGGGAAGUCAGUUCGAUUGUUGUUGUUUUUUAAAAAUUAAUUUUUAUUUUUUUGUUUUUUUUACCAACAACCAAAACACAGUGAAAACAAACAGUGAAAACCCCCAGGCGGCUGAUACAUUGGGUAUACAUAAUCAAUAAUAACAUAUUCAAAUCAAUCAUAUGUACAAUUCUAUAUACCCUAACACUCCUCCCUCCACAAGGUUUGUUUAACUUUUAACAUUUUAAUUGCCCCAAAUUGUUCAAACCUACUUAAAUAAUUCAAUAUCUUCUCAAACCAAUCCUCCUCCUUCUCACUGACCUUAAACCCUUUCAUUUUAUGUAUCUUCACAGUUAGAUAUUCUAAGAUUAUAAUAUUUUUCAAUUUUUCCCUCCAUUGGUUCACCCCUAGCUCUUUUGCAUUUUUCCAUUUACUCGCUAUAACCUGUCUGGCUGCAAUUACCAUCAAUUUUACCCAUUUACAUUCCUCUAUUGUUUCUAACUUGGUGCAGUUUGGUUGUUGUUGUUUAGUUGUUUAGUCGUGUCCGACUCUUUGUGACCCCAUGGACCAGAGCACGCCAGGCACUCUCGUCUUCCACUGCCUCCCACAGUUUGGUCAAACUCAUGUUGGUUCAGUUUGAUUAGAAGGUACCUAAUUCACGCAUAAAUUUAUCCAACUGAUCCAACUUAGAACUCACCCAAAGGCAAAUUGAAAUGCAACUAUCCUUCAAAAUUUAACCAUUAUUUGGUUAUAUUUGUAGAUCUCAGAGCAGCGUUCAAAUGCAAGGUUAAAAAUGCAGAAAGCAUAAUGAAAACAAGACAAACCAUUAACCCUCCAGCCCCUCCCACAAGUUUUUUUUGUACUUUUCCGAAUUUUGCAACAAGCUUCUCAAACGAGGUCCAAAAUGCUCAUCUUGGUGAAAAUAAUGUAAGAGCAGAGUUCAAAUCCCCACUGCUCCAUGAAGCUUGCUGGGUGACCUUGGGCCAGUCAUCAUCUUUUAGUCUGACCUACUUCACAGGGUUGUUGUGAGGGUAAAAUGGGGGUAGGGAGGAGAACCACGUACACCACCUUGAGAUCAUUGGAGAAUAAUGGUGGCUUGUAAAUGUAAUAAAUAAAUAAAUAAAUGAAAGGUUUUACAUGGGGGAGGAGUGCUAGCAAAGAAUGAUGAUUAAUGGAUUCUAUCUAACUCAGUCCCUCUAGCUGCGAUUCCUGCAUUGUAAGGGGCUGAGCUAAAUGACCCUUAUGGUCCCUUAGUAAAGUUAAAGGGUAAAGGGACCCCUGACCAUUAGGUCCAGUCGUGGCCAACUCUGGGGUUGUGGCUCUCAUCUCGCUUUAUUGGCCGAGGGAGCCGGCGUAUAGCUUCCGGGUCAUGUGGCCAGCAGGACUAAGCCGCUUCUGGCGAACCAGAGCAGCACACGGAAACACCGUUUACCUUCCCGCCGGAGCGGUACCUAUUUAUCUACUUGCAAUGGCGUGCUUUCGAACUGCUAGGUUGGCAGGAGCAGGGACUGAGCUAUGGGAGCUCACCCUGUCGCGGGGAUUCGAACCGCCAACCUUCUGAUUGGAAAGUCAUAGGUUCUGUGGUUUAACCCACAGCGCCACCCGCAUCCCUAUGGUCCCUUGCAACAGCACAAUUCUAAGAUUCCUACUCAGAGGAAACCCACUGGAAUUAAUGGACCUAUGUCAGUCUUCUCCAUUGCCUUCAAUGGGUCUGUUCUGAGUAGGACUAGCAUUGGAUGCAACCAAAGAGAAUGAUAAUUUGAACUUGUUAGCUGCUUGUGAGCAGAAAAAGGUCUUCGCAGCUCGACCAACGUGCAUUGCAGGAAUCAAAAGCAUUACAUAUAGUGGGGGUGGCAAAUUUUGGAGAGAAGAGAGAAGGGAACUGGCAUCCCCAAUUUUUAUUUUUUAAUUUAACAGUGGUACCUUGGUUUUCAAACUUAAUCCAUUCCAGAAGUCCCUUCCAAAACCAAAGCAUUCUGAAACCAAGGCACGCUUUCCCAUAGAAAGUAAUGCAAAAUGGAUUAAUCCAUUCCAGACUUUUAAAAACAACCCCUAAAACAGCAAUUUAACAUGAAUUUUACUAUCUAACAAGACCAUUGAUUCAUAAAAUGAAAGCAAUAAUCAAUGUACUGUACUAUAAAAUAAAUAAGAUAGUAUUGUAGAUUAUUUAGAUAUAUAUUUUUUUUUUCUUACCUGCACUGAUGAUGGUCAUUGUUUGGAUGGGGGGAUUUUAUCCAUUUUUGCAGUCACACAAUCAAUCCAGUAGCUGAACUGGGUUCCACACAGUCAUAGAAACAAAUUAACUGAAAAAGCCUCAAAAACAAAAAUGCAAAAUAAAUGGCAAAAAUAAAAAUGCCAAACUUAAUCCGCUCUGGAAGUCCGUUUGACUUCCGAAAUGUUCGAAAACCAAGGCACAGCUUCUGAUUAGUGCAGGAAACAAUAGCUGACAGUCGCAUUGGACAUUCGGCUUCUGAAAAAUGUUCGAAAACCCGAACACUUACUUCUGGGUUUUCGGGGUUUGAGAACCAAGGUGUUUGAGAACCAAGCUACCACUGUAUAUCCUAAAGGAGUCAAGAGGAAACUUCUGUUUGAAGGCUGGGGUGGAGUGAGGACUCUCAAGCCAAGAUUCCCAGCUCCAGAUAUUCUUCCGCAAAUUCAAAAUCUAGAUCGUUCUGGUUCAAAAUCUCUCUCUUCCCACCAAUUUACACAACAGAAGACACUGUUCAGUUGAGGUUUUGGAGAGGGGAAAAUGCAGGUGUAAAAAGAUGGCAUUGAUCACACUAAUAUUUAACACCGUGCCCUGAAAAUCCAUUAAAAAUAAUUAAGAUCUUCUUUACAAAAAGACCUCACAGUCAAAUUUUAAAAGGUGGCAAUUCAAAGAAAAGUCAAACCCAUGUGCUAAAACUGGACCAGAUUGUAAAUUUUCUCUCUCUGUGUGCGUGUGUGUAAGAAAGAAAGCAGCAACUGCUUUGAUAUAAUAUUGAUUGCUAUGGUGAUCGCAGGAAGGACCAUUUAGCUCAGUGGCAGAGCAACUGCUUGGCAUGCAGAAGGUCCCAGGUUCAAACCCCAGUGGGAUCUCCAGGGAGGACUGGGGGUGUCCCCUGCCUGAAACCGUGCUGCUUCCAGCCAGUGCUGGUAAUACACAGCUAUAAGGUAAAGGAAAAGGGACCCCUGACCAUUCAGUCCAGUCGUGACCAACUCUGGGGUUGCGGCGCUCAUCUCACUUUAUUGGCCGGGGGAGCCGGCGUACAGCUUCCAGGUCAUGUGGCCAGCAUGGCUAAGCCGCUUCUGGCGAACCAGCGCAGCGCACGGAAACGCCGUUUAUCUUCCUGCCGGAGUGGUACCUAUUUAUCUACUUGCAUUUUGACGUGCUUUCGAACUGCUAGGCUGGCAGGAGCAGGGACCGAGCAACGGGAGCUCACCCCGUCGCAGGGAUUCGAAACCACGACCUUCUGAUCGGCAAGUCCUAGGCUCUGUGGUUUAACCCACAGCGCCACCCGCUUCCCUUUUAAUACACAGCAAGCUGGACUCAAUUGUCUGACUCAGUAGGAGGAAGCUUUCUAGGUCCUCACAUUCUGAACUGAGUUUGUUUCUUGAUAUUCUCUUUCCAUCCCCUCUGAUUUUAGGACCUCCUCGAGCGCCUGAAGGAAAAAUUUCCGGAAGGGGAAUUGGAGGCUCCCAUCUCGAGGUCUGACGAGGCAGAGGAUGGCUCUGACAUGAUGGACCUUGUUGACGCAGAAAGCCUCUCUUCCAGCCAGCUCAGACUUCAGACUUCCCUUCACCCUGCAGAAAUGGAGGAUCACUGGAUGAAAUUCCUGGCUUCCCCAAAGCGGAGGAGAUAUUUCUCCGGAUGCUUCGGCACCAGGCUUGAGCGGAUCGGGACCCAGACAGGCCUUGGGUGCAAUGUCUACAGAGCCCGUAGGUCUCUUUCUAAGGAAUCUCGUUGCUGGGUUGGGUGGGCAUGCGGGAUUCAUUUAUUUCACAAAACUCGCUUGCGAGAAAUAUUAGAAUCAGCAGCUGAAAACAGUGCAGGCAACCUUCUGGGUCAAACCGAAAUCUACUCUAUGCUCUGUCCAGGCAAGCAAUAGGCAAUUUUCAGAGUUUAAGGAUGCCUUUCCAGGCAGGCAAAACUACUCAAGGAGGGUGCAAGGUAGGGUUGGUUAGGGGGUGUGGCCUGUGAAGAAGGGGUGUGGCCUGUGUAACCUCCCAAGGGCCAGAUCAAGAAUCCUGGAGGGCCACAAGGUCUCCCAUCCCUGAGCAUUUCGUAUGAUCCAGCAGAGCUGUCCUUAUAUCACUCUCCUUUGUCAGAACGAACAUCGAUAGAGAGGAAUGAGCUUGGAAAGCAGCUAGUCCUCAUGAGUAACACUGCUCCUUUUAAGCAGAAGGGGAACCCUUAACUCAAAAGAUCUUUAACUCUUUUUUUUUAGGUUCUUGGAGGAAACCCAGAAGUUGAAAUCAGAAGACGACCUCGGCUGCCCCAAAAGUUUGGAAAACAAAGGCCAUAAAGUUUAUAUAGACUGUUAAAUCUGUUUGAGAACUCUCUGCGCACAGUCCCUCUCAAUAAUCAUAUCCCUUCCUAGACAAUAUAAAAACCUGUAUAUUCAUAUUGUAUGGGCUCCCGCUACAUUUGAAGCUUAGUGGUGUGCCACUGAGACCGUCUUUCGGCCUACUGGAACGGGAGCUUUGGUGCUGCA